UCUGAGGGCAUGAGGGUGGAAGGUUAUGUAAAAGUGCCAGGAUAAACGCAGGUCUGUGAACGCACCACUCCCUCUCUCCCUCUGUCUCCCUCUUUUUUUCUAUACCUUUUUUCAGUGUGGGUUCAGACUUGGUUCAGUUCUCUCCUCUCUCACUGACCUUGCAGACAGCAUACUACUCAGGAUGCUCCUCGGGCUGCUUCUGUCGCUCCUGUGCACCUGUCUCUGCUCCUGUCCUGUUUCGGGGGGUAAGGUGCUGGUGUUUCCUCUGGACGGGUCUCAUUGGGUGAACAUGAGGGUUCUUUUGGAGGAGCUUCACUCCCGAGGUCAUGAGGUCACGGUGCUCCGCCCCCUGGACACCUGGUACAUAAAGGCGGAGGCUCCAUUCUAUCGCUCCAUCACCAUAAACGCCUCCGCCGGCUUCAGCGAGAAACAAUUCGGCUCAUUCACUGCCAAGAUGUUGAGUCUGCGGCGCGAGGGCGCCUCCAUGUGGACACGCAUGGCUCUGGAGGUGGAGAUCGUUCAGGCAUUUUAUGAGAUGAACCGACAGAUCGUGCUGAUGCUGGAGCAGAUGUUUGAGAACCAAAAGCUGAUGAAGGAGCUGAGAGACGCGCGCUAUGACCUUAUGCUGACAGACCCGGCCAUUGGGGCAGGCGUGCUGCUAGCGCACAAGCUAAAACUGCCUCUGGUGCUAAACGUGCGCUGGACGGUGCAGGGGGAGGGGCACUUUGCCAUUGCACCUACGCCGCUGUCCUACGUGCCCAUCCCCAUGACUGAAGCCACAGACCACAUGAACUUCCUCCAGCGCCUCAAGAACAUGCUGGUCUUCUUCUUCACGCGGCUUCAGAUUUGGUACGUGACCGACCCAAACUACAAACCCUUUGUGCACAAACACUUUGGUCCUGGGGUGCACUACAUGGAUCUGUUCCAGUCGGCCGACAUCUGGCUCAUGAGAAACGACUUCACCUUUGAGUUCCCUCGUCCGACCAUGCCCAACGUGGUCUACAUGUCGGGCUUCCAGUGCAAAGAGCCCAAAGCUCUGUCCUUGGAGCUGGAGGCGUUUGUGCAGAGCGCCGGAGAACAUGGCGUCAUUGUCAUGACCCUAGGGACACUCGUGGCUGAACUGCCCCAUGACAUCAGCGAGGAGGUGGCAGCUGCGUUCGCUCAGCUGCCUCAGAAGGUCAUCUGGAGACACAAGGGCAGGAGACCGUCCACUCUGGGGAACAACACUCUGCUGGUGGACUGGCUCCCGCAGACGGACCUCCUCGCCCACCCACAGACGCGGCUCUUUGUGGCUCACGGUGGAACCAACGGUCUCCAGGAGGCCAUCCACCACGGCGUGCCUCUGGUGGGGCUGCCACUCAUGUUCGAUCAGCAGGACAACUUCUUCAGGAUGCAGAUGCGAGGAGUGGCCAAAGUGUUAGAUGUUUCCACAGUGAACAGAGACGUGUUCCUGGAGGCUCUGAAGGAGGUUCUGCAUGAACCUUCAUACAGAGAGAACAUGAAGCGUCUCUCAGCUCUGCACCGAGACCAGCCGCUCAAACCGCUGGACCGAGCCAUGUUCUGGAUCGAGUUUGUGAUGAGACACGGAGGAGCCAAACAUCUGGUCACAGAGUCCUACAGACUCUCCAAGGUCCAGUACUACUGCCUGGAUGUAGCCGCAUUCCUGCUAGCGUUAGCCGCUCUGAGCCUGUACGUCUGCACAAAGACACUCAGAGUCCUCUGGGGGGCGCUGUUCUCCAGAAGAAAAUCCAAAACAGACUGAACUCAAUGUGCAGAGGACCAGAACUGACAAAACUAUAGAUAAACACAGUAACUGGAGGACAAAAGGAGAGAGAGUGGGAGAGGGAGGAAGAGGUGGGGUCUGGAAGACUAAAGGGGAGCAUGAAGGGGGAGGAGGUAUCAGGAACAGUGUGAUUGGUCUAACAGGCACGCACACUUCAAACUCAGCCUCUGCAGCCAGGCGCUUGCAUCAGGAACACCCGGCUGUAAUCAGGACAGUCAUGGGUGAUGUCACAUAGCACAGAUGCCACUGGAGACAGAACACAUUCUGUUUUUGACACAAAGCUGUAGAUUGACUUAGUUUUCCUCUAAAGUUAAACAAAAAUAAUUAAAACACCAUAUUCACAGUUUAGUAGCAAAUGUGGAUUUAGUGUUUAGUUUCACUUUAAGAAAUAAGCAGCUGUUAAACGAAUGAAAUACAAAUCUGUACAAAUAAAUAAAUGAGUCAAGUUAAUUAUGCCAAAAUAAUUAAAAGUUCAAUAAAUGAAUAUAUAAAUAUAAAUAUAAAUAUUUAAGUACAUUUUUUAUGUAUUCAUGUAUUUAUAGAGUUGGUCAUCAUUUGGAUUGUGAUCAGAGGUGAGAUUUCUAUUUUAAUAAAAGGAUUCAUGUCAAAGUUCACAUUUUUAACAACUGACAAAAAGACAGGGAGGGCAUCUGACACACAGGGAGGGCAGGAUUAGUUCACAAUAGGCUCACAUUACAGUGGUUCAGUUGAGUUUCAGUUUUGUCUGUUUUUUUCAUCUGUGGUGUCAUGUGUCCAGAGCGUCUUUGUGUUUGGUGUAAAUACAUUUCCAUGAUGACGAAGGGUCAGAUUACAAACACAGACCAGAGGAACUGACCACAAAAAACAAAAUGGACCCAGAUAAACAGGAAAUACUUUAUUAAAUAUUAAAAAUAUUUAAAUUUUCACUUUUUUUUUCUUUUUUUUUUUUUUAUAAAAUGUGACAAAUAAAUAAACCUCAAACUACAGUG